UGAGGGCCUAUGGUGAUGCGUUGUUUGAUGGAGAUGGUUUUAUGGGUGAGGACAAUGAUGAAGCUUGGUGGCAUUUCACGGCUAAGGUUGGCGUGGGUUUGUGUGGAAAGAUGGAGGCACAUAUAGGUUAUAAGACUACUACGCGCUAUCUUAAGGUAGGCCAGCUCGAAGGAAUAAUUCAAGGCUGCAGGGGCCUACUAGCUAG